AUGCCAAUGUUAAAGGACCCUUCGGUCAAGUACCAAAGAUUUGAGCUGAUUAAAUUACCAAACCGUCAAUGGCCAAGCAAAGACUUAGACAAGACGCCUAGGUGGUUAUCUACUGACCUUAGAGAUGGGAAUCAGUCUUUACCAGAUCCUAUGUCUAUUUCUGAAAAAAAGGAAUAUUUCACUAAGUUGAUCGAUAUUGGAUUCAAGGAGAUUGAAGUUGCAUUUCCAGCUGCGUCCCAGAUCGAUUUCGAUUUCACUAGAUAUGCUAUUGAAACCGCCCCUUCAGACGUUUCGAUCCAGGUUUUGUCUCCAUGUAGAGAAGAUUUGAUCAAAAGAACCGUUGAAUCGUUAAGGGGUGCCAAGAGGGCCACGGUACACAUUUACCUUGCUACUUCUGACUGUUUCCGUAACGUUGUUUUUGGAAUGUCCAAGGAACAAUCUGUCGAAUUAGCUGUCAAGUGCACUAAAUUAGUGAGAUCAUUGACUAAGGACGACCCAACUCAAAAAGACACUAUUUGGGACUUUGAAUUUUCUCCAGAAACAUUUUCUGACACCAGCUUAGAAUUUGCCGUUGAGAUCUGUGAAGCAGUGAAGUCAGCAUGGGAGCCUUCAAAGGAAAGACCAAUCAUAUUUAACUUGCCUGCCACCGUGGAAAUGGCCACUCCAAACGUAUAUGCCGAUCAAAUUGAAUACUUUUCUACCAACAUUUCGAAUCGUGAAACUGUCUGUAUCUCAUUACAUCCUCACAACGACAGAGGAUGUGCUGUUGCAGCUGCUGAAUUAGGUCAAAUGGCCGGAGCCGACAGAAUUGAAGGUUGUUUAUUCGGAAAUGGUGAAAGAACGGGUAACGUAGACUUAGUGACUUUAGCCCUUAACUUGUAUACUCAAGGUAUUUCCCCACACUUAGAUUUCUCUGAUAUUAAUUCAGUGAUUAACAUAGUGGAAAAGUGUAACAAGAUUCCAAUCCACGCAAGAGCACCUUACGGUGGUUCUUUAGUUGUUUGUGCAUUUUCUGGGUCGCAUCAAGAUGCCAUCAAGAAAGGUUUCAACGCUCAUUCUAAGCAAAUCAAAGAAUCCAAAGGCAAGAGUGUUCACUGGAAAUUACCAUACUUACCAUUGGAUCCAGAGGAUAUUGGAAGAACCUAUGAAGCUAUUAUCAGAGUCAAUUCUCAAUCUGGUAAGGGUGGUUCAUCCUGGGUUAUUUUGAGAAACCUUGAAUUAGACUUACCUAGAGGCUUGCAGGUUGAUUUCUCUAAGGUAGUUCAAGCAAAGGCAGAAAUCAAGGGACAAGAAUUAUCUAAUGAAGAAUUAUGUGAAUUAUUCAAGGAAGAAUAUUAUAUUGAUUACGAAAAGGACAAGACCAUUGACCAAUACUACAAGUUGCUCGAUUACUCAAUUUCAAAUUCGAAAGAAGGUGUUAGAACCAUUGAUGUUGACUUACAGAUUAAUAACGAGACUAAAUCUAUAAAGGGUCAAGGUAACGGUCCUAUUUCGGCAUUUGCUGAUGCUAUAUGCAAAGAUUUAAAUAUCAAUAUUGAUGUUAAACACUACCAUGAACACUCCUUAGGAGAUAAGUCCAAUUCUAAAGCUGCAACAUAUAUUGAAGUCGUCUUAGAUGAUAAGUCCACUAGAUGGGGUGUUGGUAUCCACGAGGAUGUUUCGCAAGCUUCAUUCUUAUCUUUGAUUUCUAUUUUAAAUGGUCUUCGUAGAGCCAGAGGUGAUUAA